AUGGCUUACGCACCACGUAGGGGCGAGAAUGCACCCGGCUUCUUUGUCUAUCGGUCAAUCCUCCCGAACAACUCGAAGAACUCAAAGCGUCCUCUAGAUGAUGACUUCGUCCUACAGCCAAUCUACUCGGCCUCUCGCAAACGGGCAAACACAGAGCCAAAGGAGUGGUUGUCCAGUCCAGUAGCUCAAUUUGCCGGUAUUGGCUCCGACGAUCUUCCUUACGCCCCUGAUGAGACCACGAACUCUGCUUUGCUCCACUACGUGGAGCUCCCUGUCCACAGAAAACUGGAGUGGCGUCUCGACGACUACGGCAAGCCGAAGCGCAGAGACCUUUUUUGCAUCAAGUCGCUGGUUGCAGCUUUUGCGCAGACCCGUGGGGAUUUAGCGAAGGUUCCCUGCACUGCUUGCGAGGAAGGAAAAGGUCCCUGGAAAACGUGCGUUGCCGGAUCGGAUAUGCGUGAUGGGGAUCUUAUCAAGACCUGCGCAAACUGCCGGUUCAGUGGGCGCCCUGGUUGCACUCUAAAAGAAAGCGAGGACAAUGCUUCAGUUGAAGUUUCGGAGCUUCCAAGCACUCCUCCCCGCGAUACCCAGGGCUACGAGCCCCAGUCACCCUCCCUUACUCCCCAGGCGGCAAGUAUCCGACUGGAUACUUCCGCGUCGCCACUGCUGUUCCCCCGGGCCUCAGAGAUAGAAAGUGGAAGUUCCACUGACAACACCGACUCUACCGUUAUCAAAAUCGAGGCUGAGAACCCCCCAGUUGCUCCGCGCAGGGUUCCCUCCCGUCAUGACGGCAAACUCAUUCCAUUCCCGCUUGAUCCUUCUAUGUUCAACGACCUAUCUCUGUUGAAAGUCGCCUCGGCGGACUUGGCGGCACAUUUUUCGUUGGUGGAGAGAAGGGUCAACCAGCUUGAAGAGGAGGAGCUGAAGAAGAAAGACAUAGUAAACCCUUGGGAUCUCCUAUAG